GGAAGAUAUGUGAAGAAAAGUGAGAAGAAAAGUGAGAGGAAAAUAUUUUAAAAGCAGCGAGAAAAGAGAGAUAAAAGAGAGAGGGGGCAAGGUAAGAAAGUAUCAGUUACGGAAAACAGUGAGUUAAAGAGCACAUUUCCAGGACGAGACAGAGUGAGCAGAGGAGAAACAAGGAGAGGGAGGCAGAGAUUUUCCUCGCAAAAAAUAGUGUGCUCAGACGAAGGUUUGUGUGUUUAUCCAUCAGCAGGUCACAGUAUGGCGUUGUUUCCACUCUGCAAGACGCCCACAGGAACUGUCAGGGUGACCAGAAUACAACUGGUCCUGUACUGUUUUCUCCUGUCUCUUAUCAUAUACUUCCUCCAUGGACGGAAAACUGCUGCCAGUGUAAAGUCACCUCACCCGAACUUUCACGCCUUGGACCGAGGAGGGGUCAUGACAGCCAGGAUGGUUGUGAAGGCAGCGGUGCCACAAACUCCUGUGCAGACACCUUGGGGUGCGCCUUUAGUGUGGGGUGACACCCGCAACUCGGCCUGGCGCAGAGCUAAAUUUGCGCAACAGGGGAUCCGUGCAGGUUUGCUGGCCCUCGUGGUGGGAUCUUACAGCCAGUUUGUCCGACGUUUCCUCACCUCAGCUGAAAUCUACUUCCUCCCUGGUCAGAUGGUCACCUACUACAUUCUCACAGACAGUCCUCGUUCUUUGGAUCCCCCCAUUGAGUUGGGGCCUGAACGACAGCUGAAGGUGGUUCCUGUCGCAGAGCUGCCUGGGUGGGACAGACUGGCCCAUCGCCGCAUGGCCCUGCUCGCUGAUGCCAUCAAAGACCCAAUCAGCAGCGAGGUUGAGUACAUCUUCUGCGCUGACAUUGACCAGGAGUUUGUGGCCCCUGUGGGAGAGGAAAUCCUCGGAGACCUGGUGGCCACGUUGCAUCCAGAGCUCUAUGGGAUGCCACGAAAUACAUUUCCCUAUGAAGUGGAAGAAGUCUCAUCUGCUUCUGUGGAUGAAGAUGAAGGAGACUACUACUACACCUCAGAGUUGUAUGGUGGGUUGGUUUCUGAGAUGUACACACUGGCUCGCACCUGCUCUUUGCUCAUUCUGCAGGACCAGGCCAAUAGGGUAGUCGCAAGGGGCCUUGAGGAGAGCUACCUGAAUCGCUACCUGAUCGACCACAGGCCCACCUGUGUGCUGUCACCAGAGUACAGCUGGUGGGACUCGGCCCUGGCUGCUGAUGUGCCUGUACAGAGACUAGUCUCCUUGGGUAGGCAAUGUGAGGCUUACGAUAAGCAGACGAGAGAGAGGAACAAAUGUUGAAUGAAUGUAAAAAAUCUCACUUCCACAUGAAGGGCUACUGUCUCUAUUGUUGAAUUACCUUUGCAAAGGGUCUCUGCUCAAAGAUUAGCAACUAAUGUAAUAACAUAACAGGAGAUGGGGGGGGGCAAUAAAGUGAAAGCACAUAUUCCAUCUUUCUUCAAUUAAUAAUUUAGAAAUUUUCUGUUAGCCAAUAAAUGCAGCCUGCAGUCACGCAAAAGCAAACCGCACAACCUGCUCUCAAUUAAAGAUCCAUUUGUGUGAGCAGCACCUCUGCGUGCCUGCUAUCUCUUCCACAGCAGACAAAAACAGAAUUGACCUGUCUCUUUAAACGAAGCACUGUCCUCUCCAUUAAUGUCAGCUGAGGAGAUACUGCUCCAGUGGCUUUGUGGUCAGCAGCGAUAAGAGUCAACAGUGUAAGUGCACACAUUCCCCGCAGUGGCCAAUCAUUAACUGGAAGGGCUGCUGUUUCAAGGUCUUUAAAUACCAGGUGGGAGAAAAAUGGAUACAACAAGAUGCUGUUUCCUACAUGUGUAGAAGCUACUGUGUUCGAGCUCCAGCAAAAGCUAAUGUAGAUUUGAAACUGCAGGUGAAACUGGUUCAGGAUGUGUUGAAGUGAUUAUCCAUUAAAAACUGCUGUUUUGCCCAUUUAUGAUUUGGAGUAAAAGGUAAAGUCAAAUGUC